AUGGAUAAUCCAUUUUAUCAAGAUUUGUGUUCAAAUUAUUUCAAUAACACUCAAGCUAUGGAACAAGUAGAGAAACAGAAAAAGAAGAAAUGUCGUGGAAAUCGAAAACUACAACGCUAUCGUCGAAGAUUGCGUAAGCAAUGUGUAAAAUUACCUAUCAAUGAAAAACUAUCAACAGCUAAUGUAAUCAUGGAACCAACAGAGUCAGCAAUUAUUAGUCCAAUUGUUGCUGAGACAGCCGCAUCAAUGAAAAAGUGCAAAACAGUAGCAACUGCAAAGGAUUCAGUUGAUUAUACUACUACAUCAGAUGAAGUAUUACAUCAAAAAACAUCACAAGCUUUCAGUCGAUCAGAAAAGUUCGAUAACAUAUUCAAUCCAGUCGAAAAAAUACACUUUAUCCGCCAAUAUAUUAGUUUAAUUGAUCAAUUAUCUUUUCAGCAACUGCAAGAAAGUCAAUGGAAAUAUUAUCAUCAUAUUGGUACGACAAGAAAUAUUUGGCAUGGCCGUAUGUCAAAAGUGACAGCUGAGAAAUACUCUAUCAAUUAUAUAUAUGAAACAACAAAAAGUGCGAUUGAACAAUUUGAACGUGAUAUUUUAUUGAAGUGUGGCAAUAUUGAUGAUUGUAUAUAUGCAAUGAAGGAGUUAUAUUUAAUUCUUAGUCAAUUAGUACAAGAGAAGCAGCAAGUAUUAAGGAAUCAAUUCGAAUAUAAAAGAGAAAUCUUAGUCUUGGAUGCAACUGAUCAUUACUUAUUACAAAGGUUUUUGAUUACUGAACCAAAUAAGACACACAUUAUCUUAGCAAGACGUAUAUGGAAAGCUGCUAAAGAACAAUUGAUAGCUAAACAAGAGAUUGCUUUGCUACAAUAUCGGCUUCUAUCAACAUCAUUAAUAUCUAAAUCAGUAUCUGAUUUAGUUCAUGAAAUGAUCGACAAUAUCGAUACUAAUAUUAAAACUUUGGAUGAUACUGUGGAAACGUCUUCAACUACUGACUGCUUAUCGAAUGAAAUCGAGAAAUUGAAGUCAUCCAAGAAUGAUAUUAUUCAUCAUGCAAUUUUAACUCUUGAGAAAAAAAUUGAAAACUUGAACAAAAUCAUACAAAAUGAACGCAAUAAAUUUUUUAAAAGGAACAGAUUCAUGGAAUCAACAUCACAAUGGCAACAGAUGGUACUUGAUGCUAUUGAAAAUCGUCGAAUGCACAUGACUGAGCGUGCAAACUAUAUCAAAACUUAUAAAUUAGCAACAUAG